AUGACUGUGACAUGGGAAGUCAGAGCUUCGGAAGCCAAGACCAAACGGGAGGCCGGUUUUGCCAAGGUCGAGCCCCCACUUGACGGCAUCCCCGACCAGCUUCCAGUCAACUCUCUUGGUUUGCCAAAGAUUGUCCUGACCGAGAAGGAGCUCAAGAUAACGGAAGAAUAUACAAUCACGCAACUCUUGACGGCUUUGCGUACCAGGAAAUUCUCUGUCGAGGAGGUGACGAGAGCAUUUCUUAGGCGUGCAGCGCUGGCGCAGGCAGCUACGAACUGCCUCACGGAUCUGCUGUGGGACGAUGCCAUCGAACGUGCACGGUAUCUGGAUUCUUUGCCCGAACCGAAGGGCCAACUGUUUGGCUUACCCAUUUCCACGAAGGAGCACCAGGGUGGUAUCGGCCGUAAUAUCGAGUCCACUGCCUCCUUCGUCGCAUGGAUCGGCAAGAAGCAUGGCUCGAAUAUUCUUUGUGACCUUCUUUGGGAAGAAGGAUGUGUUUUCUACGCCCGUACAACCCAACCUCAGACCAUCAUGCAUUUGGAGACGGAGAGCAAUGUCUAUGGGCGGACUGUGAACCCACACAACCGCAACCUGACACCGGGUGGGAGUACGGGCGGUGAAUCGGCCUUGAUUGGCAUGCGAGGCAGUAUCCUGGGGAUUGGCGGCGACAUUGGCGGCAGUAUCCGCUGUCCUGCUGCUCACUGUGGCAUUUAUGGGUUCAAGCCAUCACUGAAACGGAUCUCUGUGAUGGGUCAGAUGACCCAUAUGGUAGGCAAGGAAGCUAUCAUCUCUACACCAGGGCCCAUGGCUGUUGAUCGAGAGGCCCUGGAGCUGUUCAUGAAGAUCGCCAUCGGAGCUAAGCCCUGGCGUCGCGAUGCUUCUCUCAUGGUCAAGGAGUGGACGCCCUACAAAUUCGAUCGCCCACCUAAGAUUGCUGUGCAGUGGUGGGACGGUGUAGUUCGACCGCAUCCGCCCAUGACCCGAGCGUUGAAAGAAGUCGCAGAGGCGUGCAGAAAGGCCGGUAUGGAAGUAGUUGACUGGUGCCCUGGUAUCGACCACAGCAAGGCUUGGGACAUUGUGUCUUCGCUUUACUUCCCUGACGGCGGGGAGCAUAUUCUCAACAUCAUAAAGGAGUCCGGGGAGCCCGUUCUACCCCUUACCAAGUUCAUUAUCCAUGAACAGCCAACAGUGAAAAAGUUGACGCAGCAAGAACUUUGGGAUCGUUGUGCCGAACGUGAUGCCUAUCGGCAAGCUUAUUCUGACGCUUGGAACAAAACAGCCGAUGCCGACGGCAGGGAAGUCGAUGUCAUUCUAUGCCCUCCGUCCUUUGGUGCUGCAACACCCCACGGCCAGUCCAGAUACUGGGGAUACACAGCGCAUUGGAACCUCCUUGACUACCCAGGUGCGGUAUUUCCCGUGACGGUUGUUGAUCCUGCCAGGGACUUGAAAGAUGCAUCUUAUGUCCCCAAGAACGCCGAUGAUCAAUUCGUAUACGACAUGUAUGAACCGGAAAAGUAUGUCCACGCGCCGGUCUGUCUACAGGUGAUUGGUCGAAGGCACUUCGAUGAGAAGGUCCUGGCCGCGCUUGCGGAGAUUGAACGAGCGAUGGGUAGAUAG